AUGGCCUUGAGGAACCAUAGCACCAUCACUGAGUUCAUCCUCCUCGGGCUGUCUGCUGACCCCAAAGUCCAGAUACUGCUCUUUGUUCUCUUCACGGGGAUUUACCUCCUGACCAUGAUGGGGAACCUGCUGAUGCUGCUGGUGAUCAGAGCUGACUCCCACCUCCACACACCCAUGUACUUCUUUCUGAGUCACCUCUCUUUCCUGGAUCUUUGCUUCUCUUCAGUCACAGUGCCCAAGCUUCUGGAGAACCUCUUGUCUGAAAAGAAACUCAUUUCAAAAGAGGGCUGCCUGACUCAAGCCUUCUUUGUGUUUGACAUUGGAGGAACAGAAAUCUUCCUGCUCUCAGUGAUGGCCUAUGACCGCUAUGCUGCCAUCUGCCACCCUCUGCUCUAUGGCCAGGUGAUGAGCAGCCAGCUCUGUGUGAAUCUGACGUGGGCUUCAUGGGGCCUGGGUUUUCUGGAUGCAGUCAUCAACAUCCCCCUGGCUGUGAACUUGGACUUCUGUGAGGCUCAUAUCAUCCCCCACUAUAGCUGUGAACUGCCCUCUCUCUUCCCUUUGUCCUGCUCUGAUAUCUCCACCAAUGUCACUGUCCUAGUAGGCGCCACACUGCUACAUGGCUUUGGUACAUUCUUCCUGAUCUUCUUCUCUUACACACGCAUUGUCUCCACCAUCCUGAGCAUCAGCUCCACCACAGGCAGAAGCAAGGCCUUCUCCACCUGCUCCUCCCACCUCACUGCAGUGAGCCUCUUCUAUGCCUCAGCUUUCCUCCGUCAUCUCAUGCCAACCUCAGGUUCACCUCCAGAGCUGAUCUUCUCCAUACAGUAUAGUGUGGUCACCCCCCUAGUGAAUCCCCUCAUCUAUAGCCUGAAAAACGAAGGAGUAAAGGCAGCUUUGAGAAGAACCCUGGGGAAAUGUUUGCAGUGGUACAUGUAG